AUGACCUCAGAUAUCGACAGCAGAAGCAUCUUGAUCUCAACGGCUCCUGUUCAUGACCCUGUCCCCGACAAUAUUACGUAUUUUGAGGAUGCGUAUACACACCUCCGGAGUUUCAAGCCCAAGGUUGCCACUGUUGUUCCCCACUCCAACGCCAACUCCAAAGACCAGAAGCAGGAGCAGGAGCAGGGGCAGGUUGCAAUAACCGUCUCUGCCAACAAUACACCUACUGUCGCCAUCCCUGUCACUGGUCAGGACUCGGACAAAGACUAUGGAUUCAACGACAACAAUGAUUUCAUUGACGCCCUGAAUGGUGUGCUGACGAACGGCAACUUUGACGAUGUCUUUUCAAUAGCCAUUCACAAUGCCUACCAAAACGGUACCAUCAAUAGCGAUCGCCCGUCCAUUGUUGGAACGUCCUCGGUUACGUUGGACAAGCGAGGGCGAAUGAUUGUUGAAGAGGAGACUGACGAGGAGUCGGAAGCGGCACUAUCGUCCACCGCCAUCACCACCAUCACCAUCACCAGCACCAGCCCCGCCACUGCCACAGCUACCGCUACAGGAUCUUACACCGCCGCCACUGAAGGCUAA